AUGUUGGGCGUAACACGUUACCGUUUAUUACCCAAUACAUUUUGUUUAUUCCGUCGGUUUACUUCUUCAAGAUCGCAUACACAGCUACCCGGUGAAGAUUCUAAUUUACGCGGCGAUGGAGCUAUACGUCGAACUGCACCAUACGGUUCUACCAUCGAACAAACUUAUGCUGGUGUUCUAUCAUUUCUUCGUCGUAAUUACACACGUAACUUAAAUAGAGUUGACGUAGCUGUUACUGGUAUUCCACUUGAUUUGGCAACAACCUAUCGACCAGGCACUCGAUUCGGGCCGAAAGGCAUUCGUGAAGCAUCUGUACAAUUAUCGGAACUUAAAUCCUAUCCUGGAGGGAUUGAUCUAUUUGAUGACCUAUCCGUUGUUGAUUAUGGAGAUUGUUGGUUUGAUAUGAGUCAACCAAAAACAAUUCCAGGUGCUAUUGAAGAUCACGCAAAAAAGAUUAUUAAACGAAAUGCUUUUUUGCUCAGUCUAGGUGGUGAUCAUUACGUGACAUAUCCAUUGUUAAAAGCGCAUGCUGCGGUGCACGGUAAACCAUUAUCUCUUAUUCAAUUUGAUGCUCAUUGUGAUACAUGGCCAGAUGCACAUCCUGACAGUUUAAAUCAUGGUUCUAUGAUUUAUUAUGCUAUAAAUGAAGGUCUCAUUGAUCCAGAAACAUCCAUUCAAGUUGGUAUUCGCACACACAAUGAUAAUUUUAUGGGUGUUAAAAUUCUUGAUGCUGAUUGGAUUCAUCGCCAUAAAACUCAAAAUAUUGUCGAUGAAAUUAAAAACCGAGUUGGUGAUAAUCCAACGUAUCUAACGUUCGAUAUCGAUUGUCUUGAUCCGGCAUUUGCUCCAGGUACAGGUACACCUGUUUGCGGUGGUUUAUCGACGGCACAAGCAAUUGCUAUUCUACGUCUACUUGGUUCAAUAAAUUAUGUUGGAAUGGAUAUUGUAGAAGUUUCUCCAGCAUAUGAUCAUGCAAAUAUAACAAGUUUAGCAGCAGCUACUUUGGGAUAUGAAUUUUUAUUAUUAUUAAGACAUAAAAAAAUUGUUGAUAAAUGUUUUCAAUUUGGUCACCAUUAG